UGUUCACCACUCAAAGUCAGCCACGUCCCAUAUCCGGUAUUGAAAGUAUCCCGAGGCCGUGCAUAUCUGUUAUCUAGCAUCCAUUCCCGGCGCCUAUACCUUGAUUCUCGAAGCAAAAUCAACGCGCUCAAUUCCGAAGUUUCUCCUUUGUAUGCCAGCACACCGCCCAGGCAAACUCCGUCCAAAUUCACACGCCCCAUUUACCAUGAUAAGAUCGCCACUUCCAGCCACUUCCUCUCUUAACCUUCUCCUCUUCCUUUCGUUCUUUCCACUCGCCAGAUCAUACAACCAUUUUGAUAUCUCUUUCAAGUUUCCACACCGUAAUAACCGUUGCGGUUUUUUUUAUGCUAUGCAAAAUCCAGAUCGUGGUUUUCUCUUAUCGGUAUUGCGUACAAGAAUUGCGUAUUCGGGGACGACUGACACGACCGACAUUAAUAUUCUCGCACGCAAUGUCGAUAUUUGGCACAUCAAGUUGGCGCGCUGAUGGUAACGUCUGGUUUUCGUUUCGCCCACGCGAACGAGACGUGUACCUUCGCCGUCGUUCGCUCUAAUCGCUUGAGAGAGAGUCGAUGAUAUACAUGAUCGUAGCAGAUCAUAUGCUUCAUGUAUGCCA